AUGGCCACCACAACGCUGCUUCAUGAGCUUCUUUUUUUCCAUCCACCUCAUAAAUACCCUAGAAUUCAACACUAUCAUCUAAAGUUCACCGAGAAACCCUUCAAUCGAGCUCCGCCCAGCAAGAAAUUCCCCCUUUGCCGCAGUAAAAUCGGCAAUUCAUCGCAUAAUCCGUGCCCGGCAGCAGAAGGUACAGCCGAAAGCCAUGGCAAAAUCACAAGACUGAUUCAAGGAUUCGACCCCGAAAUUCCAAUUGAAGAGGCGCGGACCCCACCGAGCUCUUGGUACACCGACCCUGAGUUUUACUCCGUUGAGCUGAAUCGAGUUUUUUAUAGAGGAUGGCAAGCCAUCGGGUAUAGCGAACAGAUUAAAGAACCACGUCAAUUCUUUACCGGAAGAUUGGGAUCUAUUGAGUACGUGGUUUGUCGGGAUGAGGAAGGCACAUUACAUGCUUUUCACAAUGUGUGUCGUCAUCAUGCAUCACUUGUUGCCUCCGGAACUGGGAAAAGAUCUUGUUUUGUCUGUCCUUACCAUGGUUGGACGUAUGGGUUGGAUGGAGCACUCAUGAAGGCAACAAGAAUAGAAGGGAUCAAGAACUUCAAAGUAAAUGAAAUGGGACUCAUCCCACUGAAAGUCGCAAUCUGGGGGCCAUUUGUACUGAUCAAUUUGGACGAAGUUAGAACGAAUGAAUAUAUUGAUACAAAGGCCGUGGGCAAUGAAUGGCUAGGUAGUGCUGCAGGUGUACUGAGCUCAGGCGGGGUUGAUACAUCAUUAGAUUAUGUUUGCAGACGCAUAUAUACCCUCGAUUGCAAUUGGAAGGUCUUCUGUGACAAUUAUUUAGAUGGUGGUUAUCAUGUCCCUUACGCACAUAAAGGGCUUGCAUCCGGUCUCCAACUUGAUUCAUACUCAAUAGAGAUGUACGAAAAUGUUAGCAUCCAAUGGUGUGCUGGCAAUAACAAGGAUCGGGAAGAAGAAUUCAACAGACUUGGACCGAAAGCUUUAUAUGCGUUUAUCUACCCGAAUUUCAUGAUUAAUAGGUACGGACCAUGGAUGGACACGAACCUUGUACUACCACUGGGACCUCAGAAAUGCCAAGUUAUAUUCGAUUACUUUCUAGAUGCUUCCAUUAGGGACGAUAGUGCUUUCAUUGAGAAGAGUUUAGAGGACAGCCAUAGAGUACAGGAAGAAGACAUUUUUUUAUGCAAAUCAGUACAACAAGGGCUUGAGUCUCCAGCAUAUGAUGUUGGGCGAUAUAGUCCAACGGUUGAGAUGGCUAUGCAUCAUUUUCAUUGCCUGCUGCACAAAAAUCUCACUUCUUUCCAGAGCACUUGA